CGACAGGCAUGACGGCGAAGAGAAACUGGGUCACCGAUUGAAAAUCGUUUAUGUCACAGGUCUCCGUGUUGCUAUCGCAUAUUACGAGCGAGUUUCAAUGGACGGACGGACUUUAUCGCACAUAGGCAGACAGGCCAGACCAGCUGUAUAAGGAUCAGAUCAUAUUAAGGCAAACCACAUCAAAGCGGAUGAAACUAGGUCAGACUGAAUCAAACCAGACUCGGAGCAGAUCAGAACGAAGUGGACCAGACUGAUCCAGACGACACCAGGCGCGUCCAGGAAGCCUGUUCAAGUUUCCUUUUCAGUUGAGGGCUCAAGAGUGGAUGGAAGGAGAUGAUUUUAGUACAGAGGCUGUGAUGAACAUCUGUGAUGACCUGAUGGCAGACCAGCGGAUGGACAUCUCGUCUACAAUGACUGACUUCAUGUCCCCCAGCUCCACUGAUCUCAUCUCCAGCUCCAUCAGCACGCCUGGCAUGGACUACAACCGCAAGAGGAAAGGCAGCAGCACGGACUACCAAAUCGAUGGCUUCUCAUUUGAUGACAUGGAUCCAGAUAAGGAUAAACUGGGGAGUGACCACCAGGGCAGGAUUAAGAAUGCCAGAGAGGCUCACAGUCAGAUUGAGAAACGUCGGAGAGACAAGAUGAACAGCUUCAUCGACGAGCUGGCCUCUCUUGUACCCACUUGUAACGCAAUGUCCCGCAAACUGGAUAAGCUGACGGUCCUCCGUAUGGCGGUGCAACACAUGAAGACACUCAGAGGUGCGGCUAACCCAUACACAGAGGCAAACUACAAACCGUCCUUUCUGUCAGAUGAUGAACUGAAGCAUUUGAUACUAAGGGCUGCUGAUGGUUUCCUGUUUGUGGUUGGCUGCGAUCGUGGCAAAAUCCUUUUUGUUUCUGAAUCUGUGUACAAGAUUCUGAACUACAGCCAGAAUGACCUGAUAGGUCAGAGUCUGUUUGACUACCUUCACCCCAAGGACAUCGCUAAAGUCAAAGAGCAGCUGUCGUCCUCAGAUACAGCGCCACGAGAGAGGCUUAUUGACGCUAAAACCGGUCUUCCUGUGAAGACGGAUAUCACUCCCGGUCCAUCUCGUCUCUGUUCUGGAGCCAGACGGUCGUUCUUCUGCAGGAUGAAGUGCAACAGACCUUCUGUCAAAGUAGAAGAUAAAGACUUCCCCUCCACUUGCUCCAAGAAGAAAGCUGACCGGAAGAGUUUCUGCACCAUCCACAGCACAGGGUACCUAAAGAGCUGGCCACCCACAAAGAUGGGGCUGGACGAAGACAACGAGCCCGACAACGAGGGCUGCAACCUGAGCUGCCUGGUGGCCAUCGGCCGCCUACACCCCCACAUCGUCCCCCAGCCCAGCCCGGCCGACAUCAGGGUGAAGCCCACAGAAUACGUCUCCAGGCACGCCAUCGACGGCAAGUUUGUCUUCGUCGACCAGAGAGCAACAGCUAUCCUCGCCUACCUGCCCCAAGAGCUGCUCGGAACCUCCUUCUACGAAUAUUUUCACCAGGAUGACAUCAGCCACCUGGCCGAGUGUCACAGACAAGUGCUGCAGAUGAGGGAAAAGAUCAACACCAACUGUUACAAAUUCAAAAUCAAAGACGGCUCCUUCAUCACGCUGAGGAGCAGGUGGUUCAGCUUCAUGAACCCCUGGACCAAGGAGGUGGAGUACAUCGUCUCGACGAACACGGUCGUAUCAUGUCCGAUAAUGGAAGGAUCAGAUUACCCUCAGUCGGCUGCCUCUCCGCAGAGCAUGGACAGCGUUCUAACCUCAGAAGGUGGCGGGAGACGGGCUUUGCAGACGGUUCCCGGCAUCCCGGGCGGCACGAGAGCGGGAGCCGGGAAGAUCGGACGCAUGAUAGCGGAGGAAGUGAUGGAGAUUCAGAGGAUUCGAGGUUCAUCUCCUUCCAGCUGUGGUUCCAGCCCUCUGAAUAUAACCAGCACCCCUCCGCCCGACACCUGCUCACCGGGGGGCAAGAAGAUUCAGAACGGUGGGACCCCUGAGCUGCCGAGCACCGGGAUGAUCCCUGGACCUGAUUCUGUGGGCUACCCUUACUCCAACCAGUCCAUCAUGAGUGAUAAUUCCCACCUGAGCAUAGACAUUAUGGAUGAGCCGGGCUCCAGCAGCCCCAGCAACGACGAGGCGGCCAUGGCGGUCAUCAUGUCGCUGCUGGAGGCGGACGCCGGCCUCGGCGGCCCCGUCGACUUCAGCGACCUGCCUUGGCCUUUGUGAGGAAUCUGGAAGGGAAGCUCUGGAGCCUCUGAUGGAGAGACUUUGGUCGUUCGAUUUUUUUUUUUUUUUUUUUAAUUUUUGUCUGCCCCAUCCCCCUAGUCCUCUACUGGAUCUCCUGUUUUCUGCCGCCUGUACACAACUACACCGAAAAGAAGAAGGAAAAAAAAAAGAGAGUGGCGUCUUAAGAAGAGUAUUUUGAGUCUGUAAAUACUGAAGAUUUUUAAGAGAUGUUGCCUCCAGUUCAGGCUGGACGGUUGUUUAGACUUUCACGCCUACUCUUUUGAUUCAUCAUUCCUCGUAGGUGGGCCUGACAGACCGUUGGGGGGGUUUCAAAGCUCCCGCACCAAAACGACGCAUCAUUUUUUUCCGGUGUCGGUCGCCUGUAGAUGGGGAGCCUGGUCAGGGCGGGCGCGGUGAGAGACGUUGUCGUCCAGAUCAUAGAAGCAUACGUUACAGGACUGUGGUGCUAACAUGCGGAUGCUCCUUCUCAGACUGACCCCUGUCCAACAGUGGCUCUGGGACCCCCUAACCCCGCACCACCAACAAACACAGGUCAACGACCAACCCCGCAUCCCCACCCAGGACUCCUGACGCGUUCAAAGACUGUGGUUUAUUUUUUUAGUUUCAAGUGUCGUUCAGCGGGGAGCGCUUGAUUUCCACUCCACGCUGCGGCCGUUUAUGUCCAGGUUUCCCUGCAACUGUGCACAAAUGAAGCGCCCGCCCUCUAAGAGACGGCUGCUCCGGCCAGCUGGAAGCAAACUUAAAUCGGUUAGAAAGUUUACUCUGACUAAGCAAGGUGCAUUUUUAGUUCUGGGCAUCAUUUCUUUUUUUUUGUUAAAAGCCGCCUUGCUGACGUUUCCUGAACUAACGUGUGCGUGAAAAGGGUUUCUUCCCAACCAUUCUGCAUUCGAUUCGACAACAGAACAUUUAACCCAACACAGCCUGCAGUGCUUCGCGCGGAACGUAAUGAAACGGUGAUAACAGAACAUAAAUUGAUAUCCUAGAAUCAGUAGAUGUCGCAGCAGGUCCCCAAAAACCCAACGGACGCCAGUCCUCCGGUGCUUUUUCAACAUUUUAAAAAAACUAAAGCGACAAGGUUGUCAUUCCUCCCUCCAGUCAGGCCCUCCGACGUCGGCGACCGCCAGCCUCAGAGAUUUGGUUGUAGCUCAGCUGCGAUAGUUUUAUUCCAGGUGAAGCAGUUCUAUGUUGAUUUGGACUCAUUUGUCGGUGUGGCGCAGAGGGAUGAUAUCCUUCCUUAUAAACCUGAAGGGGUCUUGUGAAGACCUACCACUACUACUACUGUGUUGGCCAUCAGAAUGCCACAGCGCUGCUUUCCAAACUGCUGCAGCAAUGAAACGGACCUUAAUCAGGGUUUUUCUAUAUAUAUAUAUUUGUAUUUCAACUCUUUUUAAGAGUAAUAGUCUCUGGGUCACAGGGUUUGCACUCACACAUCCUCCAUCUGCUCUAAAGAAGCACUUCAGGCUGUAGGUGAGGAAAUUCUGUUCUGUUUGAAGGAUUUCGGCUCAAAUUUCACUCAUGACCCCUCCUGAUGAAACGACUUGAGUUUGUGAGCCUCAAAGAAAAAGCAGCUCAGUGUCUUAAAUUCGAUCAACUCGACUCCUAAAAGUGAGCAGACGUCGCAUUGGCUGCACUUUGCCGUCAACCAAACUGCCUGCCGAAUGAGGCAGCCGCGGAUCAAUAACCGCCUUCGUUUCUCUGCUCCAUCGUGACGGCCGUCUUCGACGCAACCUCCCGGCCUCGCCGGACCGCGCCCAGCCGCCGAGGCGGGUUUAUUUCACUUUGAAGAGGUUCGAGCAUCUUGACACCUGCCUGUGUGGAAAAAAACAAAACCCAAAAGUGGAUUCUGCAGAUAAAUGUGGCUUAUAUCUGGAAAGCAUUGAACAUGGAAUACUAAAGGCUUUUUACAUUUUUUAAAAUUUAAUUAUUUUCUAGUAAUCUCACAGUAUUUCUAAUGGGAUUAUUUAAACUGAGAAAUGCUAAAUGUUUAAAGCCUGCGUUUUAAUUUAUAAAAGGACUUUACAACAUGAGCACAGAAAAUACUGUUCAGUUUUAAAUAGUGGAGAGUUUUUUUUAUUUAUUUAGUGCCUCAUCGUUUGGUAAUUUUGGUCCGUCAUUAGCAGAAAAUUUAGGAGCAACGUUUUUAUCUGCACCUCAAAGUCAACGUUACACAGUUGACAUUUUUAUAUAGAUAUAUAAAGUGAUACUCUUCAGACCCCUGGACUUUAGUCACGUUUUGUCUGGUUCCUAAUACGGGGCAAAUGAAUCCCAGACGAAUCAAUACUUCUUUGUCUGCAGAUUCUUCAUGGAAAGGGUUGAGUCGCAGCUCUGGCUCCAUGUUGGUGAAUCUCUGUGCCGUCAUCAAUCCUCCUAAAGGUUUCCCUUCAGUGUUUCGAUAUUAAACAUUAAACCGGGUUUAAUGUGUCGGAAUAUAAAAAAGGGUAUAAAAUGAUGGCUCCACCAUCUCUCAGUGUAAAGGCCCUUGGUUAUCCUGCUUGCAUUAGCAGGUUUUUGGAAGUAAAAUAAACGAAAGUGCGGUUUAGCAGAGCGUUUUUACAAUAUCUUACAAUUAUGAGCUUUUAUUUUUGUUUUUUUGCUCAUUUGCCUACAUUGCUUAUGAAAACACUG